UACAAUCUGUAGCUAAUGUCAGAGGGGACAAUUAAAAUAACUUUUUGUUUCGAUCUCAAUCCUUUCUUCUCACUUUUUUUUUUUUUUUCCCCUUCCCCUUUUUUUAUACAGAACACGAUAGACUCACUUAACAUGGGAGUGGAUCAGUUUGAAAGUGAGGUAGAGUCUUUGUCGGUACAAACAAGAAAGAAGAAAGGCGACAAGGAUCAGAAGCAAGACCGGAUAGAGGGACUGAAACGGCACAUAGAGAAACAUAGGUACCAUAUCCGAAUGCUGGAAACUAUUUUACGAAUGUUAGAUAAUGACUCUAUCAAUGUGGAUUCAAUACGGAAGAUUAAAGAUGAUGUAGAGUAUUAUGUGGACUCCUCGCAGGAUCCCGAUUUUGAGGAAAAUGAGUUCCUGUAUGAUGACCUUGAUUUAGAAGACAUUCCACAGGCGCUGGUAGCUACGUCCCCACCAACUCACAGUCACAUGGAGGAUGAGAUUUUUAACCAAUCUAGCAGCACUCCCACCUCAACUACAUCAAGCUCCCCUAUUCCACCCAGUCCGGCCAACUGUACAACCGAAAAUUCAGAAGAUGAUAAGAAAAUCCGAGGCAGGUCCACAGACAGUGAAGUUAGUCAGUCGCCAGCAAAGAACGGUUCUAAAAGUGUUCAUAACAAUCAUCAUCCGCAGUCUCCUGCAGUGACUCCAAGUUACCAAAUAGGAAGUUGUUCCAGCACAUCAUCUCUAGGAAAUGGUCCGGGUUCCAACAGCAAUGGUGCAGUGUCCAGCAGUAGCAGCACGAGUAGCAAUAGCAGCAGCAAAAGCAACCCAGCUGGUGGGCACACGCCUGGCACUCCUACACCAUACGCACAGGCAGUGGCUCCUCCCCCAUCCAACACAAAUACAUCCCAACCGAGGCCACCCAGUGCUCAGCAAAACACAAGCAAGCAAAAUGGAGCAACAAGUUACAGCUCUGUUGUUGCGGACAACUCCACAGACUCUGCACUGAGUAAUAGUAACCAGUCUCUAUCAAGCCAAUCUGUGGUUCACAACCCACCAACUAGCACCGCGAAGGAAACCAGCAGUGCCUCCCAGCCAGCCAGCAGUAGUAGUGCAAGCACUGGAUCCAGUUUAUUAUUGCCCUUAACUAUAAAUCCUCCUAGCUCACCCACACCGAGCUUCAGUGAUCCAAAACCCAGUCAGCCGCUACUCAACGGACCACCUCAAUUCACCUCUACACCAGAGAUUAAGCCACUAGAGCCAUUAAGCACGCUGAAAUCCAUGGCAGAACGAGCAGCUAUUGGGUCAAGCUUAGAAGACCCAGUCCCCAACAUUCUGGCGGAACGUGAAAUUCUAAUCACUACAACCACAACACAGCCCCCUGCCAGUCAGCCUCCAACGCAGCUCUCUGAAGUGAACAUCCCCCUGUCAUUGGGUGUAUGUCCUUUGGGUCCUGUUCCCCUCACUACAGAUCAGCUUUACCAGCAAGCAAUGGAAGAAGCAGCAUGGCAUCAUAUGCCCCAUCCGUCUGACUCUGAAAGAAUACGGCAGUACCUCCCACGAAAUCCAUGCCCAACACCCCCAUAUCAUCAUCAGAUGCCCCCUCCUCAUUCGGACACAGUAGAAUUCUAUCAGCGUCUUUCCACAGAGACCUUAUUCUUUAUCUUCUACUAUUUGGAGGGCACAAAAGCACAGUAUUUAGCAGCCAAAGCGCUGAAGAAACAGUCCUGGAGGUUUCACACCAAAUAUAUGAUGUGGUUUCAGAGACAUGAAGAGCCCAAAACCAUUACAGAUGAAUUUGAGCAGGGCACAUACAUUUACUUUGACUAUGAGAAAUGGGGCCAGAGGAAGAAAGAAGGAUUCACAUUUGAAUACCGCUAUCUGGAGGAUCGUGACUUACAAUGACCUGUUUAACACUUCAGCCUUCCAGUUUCAUGCAGGCGAACAGCAACCAGGAAAAUUGAGGGGAGGGGUGGAUGAAUCUACAAUGCCCCAUUCCCAAGUGGAGUUGGGAGAAGGGGGGAAAUUCAAACACUUUAAUGCAUGCAGUUACAAAAAGUUAAAUUUAAAUAGGAUUGAGAUGGAGAGAGGAUGAGAAUCGAGAUCGUAAAAACCUGGUUUGACUCAUGUGCUGCCUCUUCCUGCAGAAGAUUAAAAAGACGUGACAGUGAAUUUUUGUAUUUGGGUAAACUUAAAGAACAAAAGUGCAUAAAAGUCUUUGUAAGAGGAAGAAAAAGUUGUUACCCUCCUGGCUGUUUCUGCAGGAGGGAGAUCUGGUCUCUAACCCAGAAGGGUGUCUACUGGCUGCCAUUUUUUUCCUCCUUAAAAACUUUGUUUUCUAUAUUUUUUUUGUCCUUUUGGCAGAUACUGGAUCCUUUUUGUUUUGAUAACAAGUGCAUCAAAGUUUAAAGUGUUUUAUUUUUAUUUUUUUCCCCUUGCCCUUUUCCCCUCCUCUUCCUCGAUACUUAUCUGUACCGAUGGAAUUAAUGGUAUGGAAAGCUGGUUUAAAAUAUUUUUCGUAACCUAUUUUCAUUUUGGAAAAUAUUUAUGAAUAAAUAGUUUUAUAUGA